AUGGUGUCGUGCACUUGUACACCGGCCACCGGCCCUUCGCCUUCGUCGUCGGCCGGAUCUACAUCGUCGACCUCGACCACUUUCUCCGACUCGCACGCGUCCGAAUCGACCACCGUGGCCGGAGACCGGCCUGUCGCCGACAAACUGGUGCGAGACGGAGAAAGCACAGACCACGGCAAUGGGCCCGAAUUCAGCUCACUGGAGCCCGUACGAUCGCUAGAAAUACCACCGACCGAAGGGAUGUUGGCACAGCUGUCCAAGCCGCUGAGGCGCCAUCGCCAGCAGCGUCAGCGGCCAAGUCGCGAGGCUCGAGCCAAGUCCGAGGCCGCCGCCGCGCCGGGCGAUACCGAUCACGGCAUCAAGGUGGGCCCUUGCGAAUCGCUCGACGACUGCGAAAAGGCCGUAUCGAGGGACGAAGAACCGCAAGUGGUCGAAUGGACCUACCCUGAUGGAGGUUUGCGAGCUUGGUCGGUCGUCUUCGUGAGUCCACUCGUCCGGGCAAUUAAUCACUCGUGGUCGGGCUCGCGCUGUCAUUGCCCCGCCGACGCGUGAUCAUCGAUCAUCAGUUAGACCGGUCGCUGACGGUCUGGCCUACUCCUGACCCCGACUGACGACGACGACAGGGGUGUUGGGUGUUUGCGAGCUCGCACCUCGCGUUCGGCAUGACCUGGGGAGUGUUGGUCGAAGAUCUGUCUCGAAACCACUACCCCAACCUGUCUCUGGCCACGCUGAAUGGAGUGAUGGGAGUCGCCGCUUUCUUGUGAGUGCCUCGGGAAUGGCCGGCAGAAUUAUGGCGGACGUGAUAGCUGAUGCAACACGGACACAUCCAAUUUAUUUGUCUUUAGAAUGAACGGUUAGUCACCCACGCUCUUCAGACGGGCCACAUGUGCCUUGAUUCUGACCCCUGCUCUUUCGACAACGUUGCAGCUUUUGCUUUCAUUUCCGGCCGCCUGGGCGACAAGUUUGGCUAUCGACCAAUCAUCGCGAUCGGCUCGAUCCUCUACAUCAUCACGCUCGUCGCAUCCGCGCUUUCGGUCGAUCGAUUGCCGCUGCUGUUCCUCUUCCUCGGGGUGGGUGUUGGAAUAUCGGUUGGCUGCACCUUCCCACUCGUCUGCGCGUUGCCGUCGCAGUGGUUCUUAAAGCGAAGGGGUUUUGCUAGUGGCAUUGCCGUCAGCGGAACCGGACUCGGUGGUGCGAUGGCGUCCUUGAUCAUGCGAAGUUUGCUACCGAAAUUAGUGAGUUUGAACUCUCCUCAUGUUCAAAGAGCCUGCGCGGGAUUUCCUCGCUGACCAGGCUGAGUUAAAAUUGGUGGGAAUGUGCGCCUCCUUCCCAUCCUCAGGGCUUCAAGAAAAUGCUUUUCGUCUACGCUGGUAUCAAUGCGUUCACCACAGCCUCGGCUUUUACUUUGCUUCGAACACGGAAACCGCCUCGUCUGCCCGGACAGCCUCGAGUGGCCAAAAAGUCGGUUCCCGUCAAAUCUGAGCUUGGUCUUCCCGAGAGUCCUGACUGACCCUUUACGCUCUCUCUCUUACAGCUGGUUACCGAAAGGAGUUUGGAGACACGGGACGUUCUACAGUUUCAUUGCCUGUGUUUUUGUUGGAAGUGAGCCUUGACCAUUUCAUAUUCCUGCUCAGGCACCAAAGCAUGAAGCAACUAACCAACCUACCCCUCAGUCUUCGGCUACCUCGUCCCUUACGCAUUCUUGGUAACAUACACGGUCAAGGUCGUGCCAAAUUUAGGUACAGGUCUCAAGCCAGCCGCUCCGUUGAUCGUGGCCAACGCCGCUAGCGGGAUCGGUCGAAUCUGCGCAGGCCUGGUUGCCGAUCGCGCGGGACCGGUCAACAUGCUCUUUGCAUCCUGGUUCUUCGGAGUAAGCGGAGACGCACGACAGACCCACCAUCAAGACAGUCUUGGAUCUAACUUUACGAGUUCACCCUUUCCAGGGCCUGCUCCAAGUUCUCUUCUGGCCCCGCGCCACGUCAUUCGACGCCAUCAUAGCGUUCAGCGCGCUGUACGGCUUCACAGGAGCGUGGUUCGUCAGUCUGCUGCCGAUGGCCGCGGCACAGCUCUUCGGAAUGGAAGGUCUCUCGACGAUCGUGGGGUUCAUGAUUCUCGUGAAUGCCCCUGGUCAACUCGGAGGUGGACCUAUUGGAGGGUUAGUGUUGACGGCUGCUGGAGGGGACUACAAGGUGCGUACGCCUAGAAUACUGUGGGAAAUAUACACGGACUCGCUGACUUCAAGGUGCUCUGGCCCACCUGCAUCUUACAGCCUGUUGCUUACUUCGGUGGAGGAACGAUGAUGUUCGGUUCGAUCCUUCUACUGUAUGGUGAGUCGGUUCCUGAUCGUGUUCCAAGGAAUGGCAACUGA